CCCGAGCCACGCGGGCCUGCGCCCCUGCUGGCGCCUCGGUGGGAUUCAAGUUGGAAGUCAGCGGGGGACGGAGCUGUCCGGGAACUCGGCUGUCUCCAGAGCGAUGUUCCCGCAGAGCCGGCACCCUACGCCGCACCAGGCUGCUGGCCAGCCCUUUAAGUUCACUAUCCCAGAGUCCUUGGACCGGAUUAAAGAGGAGUUCCAGUUCCUGCAGGCACAGUAUCACAGUCUUAAAUUGGAAUGUGAGAAACUUGCAAGUGAAAAGACAGAAAUGCAACGGCACUAUGUGAUGUAUUAUGAAAUGUCGUAUGGAUUAAACAUUGAAAUGCACAAACAGACUGAAAUCGCCAAGAGAUUGAAUACCAUUUGUGCACAAGUCAUCCCAUUUCUGUCUCAGGAACAUCAACAACAGGUGGCCCAGGCUGUCGAACGUGCCAAACAGGUGACCAUGGCAGAGUUGAAUGCCAUCAUCGGGGUACGUGGCCUACCAGGUCUACCUCCUACACAGCAGCAGUUACAAGCUCAGCAUCUCUCUCAUGGCCAUGGACCCCCCGUACCUCUCACGCCUCACCCUUCAGGACUUCAGCCUCCUGGCAUCCCGCCCCUUGGGGGCAGUGCCAGCCUUCUCGCACUGUCUAGUGCUCUGAGUGGGCAGUCUCACUCAGCAAUAAAAGAUGACAGGAAGCACCAUGAUGCAGACCGCCACAGAGACAGAGAGCCAGGCACGAGUAAUUCCCUCUUGGUCCCAGACAGCCUAAGAGGCACAGAUAAACGCAGAAAUGGGCCAGAGUUUUCCAGUGACAUCAAAAAAAGAAAAGUGGAUGAUAAGGAUUCUAGCCACUAUGACAGUGAUGGUGACAAAAGUGACGACAACUUAGUUGUGGAUGUGUCUAAUGAGGACCCUUCUUCUCCACAUGCAAGUCCUGCACAUUCACCCCGGGAAAAUGGCCUUGACAAAAACCGCCUGCUGAAGAAGGAUGCUUCAGGCAGCCCUGCAUCCACGGCAUCUUCUGGAAGCUCUUCUUCCUUGAAAUCCAAAGAAAUGAGCCUGCAUGAAAAAGCCAGCACACCCGUUCUGAAAUCCAGCACACCGACACCACGGAGUGACAUGCCAACACCGGGCACCAGUGCUACUCCAGGCCUCCGUCCAGGUCUCGGCAAGCCUCCAGCCAUGGAGCCCCUUGUCAACCAAGCGGCAGCUGGCCUGAGGACGCCCCUGGCGGUGCCUGGCCCAUACCCAGCCCCUUUUGGCAUGGUGCCCCACGCAGGCAUGAAUGGAGAGCUGACCAGCCCUGGUGCUGCCUAUGCAGGUCUGCACAGUAUGUCUCCACAGAUGAGUGCUGCAGCCGCCGCAGCUGUGGUGGCCUAUGGGCGCUCCCCAAUGGUUGGUUUUGAUCCUCCUCCCCACAUGAGAGUACCUUCCAUUCCUCCCAACUUGGCAGGAAUCCCUGGGGGGAAACCUGCAUACUCCUUCCAUGUCACUGCGGAUGGCCAGAUGCAGCCUGUUCCUUUUCCACCUGAUGCCCUCAUUGGACCUGGGAUCCCUCGUCAUGCUCGCCAGAUCAAUACCCUCAACCAUGGGGAGGUGGUGUGUGCAGUAACAAUCAGCAACCCCACCAGGCACGUGUACACAGGCGGCAAGGGCUGCGUAAAGGUUUGGGACAUCAGCCACCCUGGCAACAAGAGCCCUGUCUCUCAGUUGGACUGUCUGAAUAGAGAUAACUAUAUCCGUUCCUGUAAAUUGCUACCUGAUGGCUGUACUCUCAUAGUAGGAGGGGAAGCCAGUACUCUGUCCAUCUGGGACCUGGCAGCUCCCACCCCUCGCAUCAAGGCAGAGCUGACGUCAUCAGCUCCUGCCUGCUACGCUCUGGCCAUCAGCCCCGACUCCAAGGUCUGCUUCUCAUGCUGCAGUGACGGCAACAUUGCAGUGUGGGAUCUGCACAAUCAGACCCUGGUGAGGCAAUUCCAGGGCCACACAGACGGAGCCAGCUGUAUUGACAUUUCUAAUGAUGGCACCAAGCUCUGGACAGGAGGUUUGGACAACACGGUCAGGUCCUGGGACCUUCGUGAAGGGAGGCAGCUACAGCAGCAUGACUUCACUUCACAGAUCUUCUCCCUGGGGUACUGCCCGACUGGGGAGUGGCUUGCUGUGGGCAUGGAAAGCAGCAACGUGGAAGUUCUGCAUGUGAACAAACCUGACAAGUACCAGCUGCAUCUCCAUGAGAGCUGUGUGCUGUCCCUAAAAUUUGCUUAUUGUGGCAAGUGGUUUGUGAGUACUGGAAAAGACAACCUGCUCAAUGCCUGGCGGACCCCCUACGGAGCCAGUAUAUUCCAGUCCAAAGAAUCCUCAUCAGUACUUAGCUGCGAUAUCUCUGUGGAUGAUAAAUACAUAGUCACUGGCUCAGGGGACAAAAAGGCUACAGUCUAUGAAGUCAUCUACUGAAACACUAUAUAAGUUUCACAUUUAUAAGAGAAUUGGGCCAAAUGUUUUGAAUUUGUAGAAAUAGAAAAGUUAUAACUUAAAAAAAAAAAAAAAAAAUCCUGGAGAAACCUGUUUCCAAACCUUGAUACAAACUUUGAGUCUACAGAGAGAAGGCAAUGGGUUCAUCAACAGCCACCUGUCCACCCACAAAGAUCAAAUGGAGCAACAGGACUUCACAGGCCACAGCUGUGGGAUGCUUCAUUCCAUGCAGACAGACUACAGAUGUAGGAUGGAGGAGCACCGUUACCACAGACAGAAGCCAUGGGUGUGGGAUGGAGGAGCAGAAGCUAGUGUCCCCCAGGGGUUUGUAGCUCACACCUUGCACAAGUGUGAGCCUACCUUUCUGUUCCUUGCAGCUUACCUCAUGUUGAGUACUUUGUAGAGUAGUGGUGUCUCUGAUGAACUUGUUUCCUGGAUUUGCAUCUUGUGAAUUUUUGUUUUUUAUAUUUUUGUUGUUAAACAUUUGUAUAAAUUGUAAAUACAUUUGGUUUACUACAGUAAAGCCUUUAGUACCAAUAA